CCUGAAGUAAAGAUCAAGGUUCCACCAUUUUCACAACUUGCAAAGGAGCGUUUUUUUGGUCAAACACUGGAUAUUUCUGAUACACAAAAUAAAGUUUGUCGAUCCAGUUCUAUUUGAUCUGAGGGACAAGAUGCUGAUCACACAGGAAGAGUUCCAGAAUCUGAUUAGCAAAUCCUCAUCUAGGGACAAGAUGGAUGAACUCUUUGACAUAAUCAGCUCCUGGGACCAUAAGAAGAAAGACCUGCUAUAUGAUGCUCUUUGGAAGUAUAACGAGGAUGAAAUGUCUGUACUGGAAAGUCCAUACCAAAGAUUCUGGGAUAUUCCAACAGCUCAAACGCAAUGU